AUGGAGGCUCUUGAUGGAAUGGAUCUUGCUGAGAGGUUGAGCAUGGACGCAAAAGAGUACUGGGUUCAUCUGGACGCGGACGGUCCGCUCGAGAAAUAUCCGGCAAGGCAACAUGCUCGUCGUGUGCAGGAGAAGUUGGGUAUUGAUGAGGGUUUGAUCUACCUGGCCGGCCAGCCGGCGAAGAACAACGAGGACAGCGACAUGCCUGCGCCAUUCCGGCAGCGACGAUACUUCUACUAUCUCACUGGAUGCAAUGAGCCGUCGUGCCACAUGACUUACGACAUCCAACAUGAUAUCUUGUCUCUGUUUAUACCCCGGAUUGAUCCCAAGCGCGUCAUCUGGAACGGACGCGGCUCGACCCUCGCUGAAGCUGUUGAAAGGUACGACAUUGAUGAAGUUUAUUAUGUUGACGAGCUGGGCGAUGUCAUCAAGGACUGGAGCAACUAUUACGGCGGACUCGGGAACGAUAUCUACGUGCUACACGACGGCCAGCUUCCACGGAUUCCUGGGCUCCGUGCAAUCAUCGACUCGGACUCUCUACGGCCUGCAAUGAACGCGGCGCGCAUGAUUAAGGAUGGCCAUGAGAUUAGCCUUAUUCGCAAAGCCAAUGACAUCAGUUCAGAAGCGCAUCGGAAGGUUCUCGCCAACAUUCUGAAGUUCAAAAAUGAAGCGCAAGUUGAAGGCUUAUUCAUGGAUGUAUGUAUUUCGCAUCAGGCGAAACAGCAAGCAUAUGAUCCCAUAGCCGCUUCUGGUUCAAACGCAGGAACUCUACAUUAUGAUGCAAACAACGAGGAUUUUGAAGAUCGUCAACUCAUGUGUCUUGAUGCUGGAUGCGAGUAUGGGCUAUACGCAAGCGACAUAACACGCACAUUUCCACUCACCGAGUCUUGGCCGAGCAAGGAAGCAAGGAACAUCUACAAGCUGGUCGAACGCAUGCAAGAGAGCUGUAUCGAACGCUUAGCACCUGGUGUACGGUAUCUGGAUCUUCACAUCCUAGCGCAUCAGAUUGCAAUUGACGGGCUUCUCAAGCUUGGCAUCCUGCACAAUGGCACCAGGGAAGAGAUCUAUAAGGCAGGCACAAGUCGAGCAUUCUUCCCGCACGGUCUGGGUCAUCAUGUUGGACUAGAAGUCCAUGAUGUCGGACAGGCUGAACUGAUGAGUGUCAGAGGAGGCAAGGCAGUGUUCGAACAGGCACCCUCGCUCUUCCCUGAGAAUUUCCAUAUGCCGGUUUAUGAUCUUGCCCUUUGUCAUGCACCUACAGACACGCAAAGCAGCCAACUUGAAGAGGGUAUGGUAGUGACAGUUGAACCUGGGAUAUACUUUUCCGUUUAUGCGCUACAACAGUUUUACUUACCAUCCCCAAUACACUCACGGUUCAUCAACCAGAAGGUUCUUCAGGGUUACCUACCUGUUGGAGGGGUUCGAAUCGAAGACGACAUUCUCAUCACUUCAAGAGGCUAUGAAAACCUGACUACAGCACCCAAAGGCGAUAGGAUGUUCGACAUCAUUCGAGGAGUCAGCUCGGUUUCGAACACUGUCAGACGAACUGCAGCAGUUACUCCCACAGGUGCGAGCGAGCCGCAUCUAUUUCGUGCACCGGGUUUUCCACUCCAAGCCACACCACAAGCUCUUAGAGCGAAAGAUCGAGCAGCAACUAUGCCCUGCCAGCCUAAGCAAAGACAUUUCAGCGAUAAGGACCGCCGCAAUACCUCGCUUGGCUUCAAACGCUGCAUGACGACUGAUGAACGCGUCCAGCAUUGGCGCGAAUCCAACCAGCGCUCUCCGCCUCUAGAAGUCCCCCAACUCAACCACGGAAAGCCAGUGACGGUCUGUGGCUCCUUCUCUUGCGAUGUCAAGCAUGUGUUCAUUGGUGACAGCUGUGCCUUUCCAUUCCAAACGCCAGGACUGUCACACUGCACCAAUUGUACAAUACUUGCCCAAACUCUCAGGAGGCUUCGAGAAAACUUAGCUCUAGCUGCGAAAAGCUCUUCUCUACCGCAGAAGCAAGAUCCAAGCCCAAUUCUCAGCAUGCCAGUACUGUGCGAACUGUCACCAGCUCACGAAACGGGGGGUACUGAAACGGCAGACAACACACGAAAGAUACCAGACACAAUGCCGCAUUUCAAAGACGUUCGUCAUCUGACGAUCUCACAAAUCCCGCACGAUUGUACUCCCACAUCAGACCUAGCACCACAACAAAGCACAUAUCCGACAUACUUGAGAGAGAAAGCAAUUCCUCAAGAUGACAUCAAUCAUUCUCUCGUAGAGGAGCUCACCAAACAAUGUCAAAAUGUUGCACUUGGCCAGUAUGUUGCGGAGCCAGUAUGCAUGUAUGCAACAGACCAGCACACCCCGCUAAAUGCGGUGACACCCACUGUAUUCAGUAAGCAGAGGCACGCUGCGUUGGAGUCGCAAGUAACCACGAUCAUCAGAGAUCGCAGCACCCAACAACGGGAACAGCGACGAGCAAGCAACCACACGGACGAUCGCGACUGGCUGGCAUGA